GCGGGUGACUAUGUUGUUGCAAGCAGCGUGUGCGAGCAGCUGGUAUCAGGAGACUACCACGAGGGCUGGCUGGUAUGUGAGCAGCUGGGACGAGCUCACCAGUACGCUAACCUUGUCGCCAGAGCCAGGUACCUCGACUUCGCACUCACAUACGCAACGCCCAGUCAUCUGGAAGACCUUCUCAAUGCCAGGAAUGAGGUAGAAAUGGCAAUGUUAUAUGCCAAAGUUAACACCCAGAUGGACACAGAGGACACCACAGGCGACUCAGAUGAUGGAUUUGUCGAUGCUAAGUCACAUCAAAUGGAUGAUGAUGAGGAAAAUGUUGAGGAAGACAGCUCGGAUGAGAUGGAUGAACAAAAGGGACUGUUGCAAGGCACUUUGGGGGUUACCCGCUCAGUCUUGUCAGUCACAGCAUCAACCACAUCUAAUUUGGUUUCCAGCGUAGCAUCUAAACAGUUUUGGAGAUCUGCAAUAAAUUGGAUGCAGCCACUCCAUGAACUGUCAUCACGAGGGGAGAAUGAUCAACUUGUUGAAGACACUAAUGUGGAUUUUAAGCAGCAAGGUUGCCAUGCUUUCUAUGCUGACAUUAUUCCUGAUCACCAUAUUAGCUCUAUUGGUGCAAGCUACAAGAGUUAUGCAUUGCCCUCCAUUUCCAAUCCUGCCCUCGAGUUCUCCUUAGCCCUACUGCGUAUUGCUCUGAUUGAAGAGACCCUCACCCAAGGCAACACCAUUAAGACGAAUAAAACAGUAGUGGCAGAAGUUGCCCGAGGAGUACUGCGAGAAGACUUGUCUCUUGGGUUGUGCUUUAUGUUGAUGUUGCACCAACCUGAGGAUGCCAGGGCUGUGUUAGCUAGUCUUCCACGUACUGAUGUCUCAUUACAGAUGACCCAGUAUUAUUAUGCUCUACAAAUUUAUACAAGCCUUCAUCCAUGGGCUCACCCUAGUAUUGCACCAGUGUUCCUACAUGACCCUACAGAAGUUAUUUUUCAUGUUUCUUGCAUUAUUGACUCCUUAAAUUUAUCAAGACUUGAUGCAGAGCUAAAGCAGUUUAUUGAAUUAUUCAAGAGCACUCAGGAGCUGGUAGCAGACUAUGUGCAGGGUCAGGCACUUCAGCGACUGGGUGCUGGUGUAAAUAUUGACAGAUUUUUAUCAGAUUCAAGUUAUAAAGAAGACACUGUUCUUGGCCUAGCUAUGACACUGGACAAUGAGGUUUUGGAUUUAGCUCUCACCUUAGCCAAGAAGUAUGAAGUGUCACUGUGGCAGGUGUACAUGACUCACUUGCAGCACCUGUUUGAUUCUGAGAUUAAUACGGCAGAACUUAAGAAACAUAUCAACGAAAAGGAUUUGAUCCAGACUCUUGGCAAUAAGCCUGAGGAGUUUGUAUCACGCAUGGAGCAGAAUGUCUUUCUUACAGUGAAUGGUUGUGAUCAUGAACGCCUAAUCCUGUACUACUCGCUGAUAGAACAGUGUGGUGGCAUGGAACCAGAAAGUAAGGUGGCCCCAUCUCACAUUAAGCUCCUUAAAAAGCUGAAAGGUUCAGCAGAGGGUUUAAAUUAUAAAUUACUUUUAAAGCCAAAUUCAGAUGUUUUGGCUAUUCUUGGUCCAGUUCUAACUGCCGAAAAUGUGAAUAAUCUUGCUAAGGUUGCCAAGAAUGUUCCAUGCAAGGAAGGAACUGGCAUUGAACCCAGCACUGUUUAUUGUGCUUGGGCUCACAAAAUGUUUUUUGAAAGUGCAGCUGAUAAAAAAAGCAAGACUUCAAGUGACUGGAUUCACAGAUAUGAGUCAUGUGGAGAGUAUAUGCAGAAAAUGAACCCUGCUGACAUUGUGAAGUUUGUGAAGCAGCUUGUGCUGUGUGAUGCAGGAGUUCAGCCUGUGCCAUUGGAGGCAAGGAUAGAGUUCACCCGCAGGGCCGUUAAGUUUUGUAAGCAGCAACAAAGCAAACAAAAGUUAGCUGAUGACGGCAAAGGCUGGCAGGAAGCCUCAGCAGAAAUAGAGCGUUGGGGGACUCAUUUAGAGCUUUUGCGUUCCAAUACAUUCCAAAAGCUGCAAAGGAGCAAAGAUCCACGACUCAGAAGUUAUGCCAAUAAGUUUGCUCAGACCGGCAGCAGUGAACCUUUGCUGAAAGAGUUGUCAUGUUCAGUGUUGAUGGAGGGAUCAAGCCUGGAUGUUCUGCAAGAAGUGUUGAGUGUUUAUCCUGAGGGCUCCACCACCACACCUGAAGAUGUCAUUAUGGACACACUCAGGCUCUUGGUCUCUCACUGGAAGGGCCAGGAUACACAGGUUGUGAAUGUAACAGUAAAGGAUUGUAACCACCUGAGCAUUUUUGAUCAUGUUCUCCUUCAAGUACAUAACUACCUGGAGGAAGGGAGAGACCUACUGGCAGAGGAGGAAGUUCUUGAUGAAAUACGCAGCUUAUGUAAUGAUCCUUCAGUGCUUCUUACUACAAAAGUAGACGUCUUAACUAUAACAGAAAAGCAUUUGUCGCUGAAUGAGGAAGACUUGGAGCUUGUGCGAGUAUUGCGAACUGGUGGGGUGGUAGCUGGUGCUUGGUGUGGGGAGCAGACUGUGACAGUAGAGCAGGAGCAGCUGGCCAGCAAUGACUCAAGAGCAUCACUUCUAUCCUUGCUCAUAGCACGUACCACCACUAUGCAACAAUCACAAGCUUUACUACAACUCCUUAAACUCUGGCCACCAUUUAAUCACGAGGUAUAUAUGAAUGUAUCAUCCAAUCCUUGGCUUGCAGUAUUUGACAAGAUUUUGGAGAUAAGAGAAAAGAAGCUAUCAUCUGGCCUAGAUAUUAUUUGGGAAGCAUCUCGAGAUGCAUUUCAUCUAAAUCAGUUACCUAAUGAAGGUCUCAGUGUAUUGGUGAAGAAACUUCAGAGUCUAGGUCGAGAGGCUCUUAAGUGCAGUUCUAAAGUGGCGCUGCUCUCAGAUGAUGCUACAGUCCAUGGAGCUGUCCUACAAAAUAUGGAAUCCAUUAAGGAGGUGAAAGAAUGUGACUACGAUGGAGAUCUGCUUUGUUGGGUGAUCACCCGUGAGCUGGUGCCUCACUGUCUGCCCACACCAAUGUAUGGUCCACUUGUUGCCCAUUUGGUCGAGACUGGGGACAACACUAUGUUGAAGUCAGCAGUGCAGCAAUUAUGUGAUGCUGGUCACUAUAAAGAGGCAGCCAGUUUAACUUUUACUCAGACCUCCGUACCGAAGGCACUUCAGACAAUGACAUCAGCAUUACAGACAUACAAAAAAUGGCUUUAAAUCAACAUUUAAUAAGAAAUUUAAAACAGCAGCAGCAAAGUUUGUAAUUUUAAGUAGUUAAUGCGUUCAUAUUGAAAAAGCAACAUUAAAGUGUGUUAGUACACAGAGAAAUCUCGGUAAUGUGUUACAUAUCAAUGAGAAAAUCCACAGGAGCCGUGAUGAGGAUUCAAACCUAUAUGCUGGGUAUUCCCAGACGCAUGCUCUAGACAACUAGGCCACAACAUGGAAAGGAAUUGCAACCUUGGGUUCUGCAAUACCCACGAGGAUUCCCAAGACUUCCACUGAAGUCGAACCAGGAUUUCACACAAUUCCCCCAUGCACUCUGGCUCUGUCGUCCAGUAGUUCUACCUCUGACGUCUAUCUUGCAAGCUGAUUCCCAGGUUUCAAUCUUUUCCAUACCGUGGCCUAGUCAUCCAGAGCGUGCAUCUGGGAAUACCCAGCGCAUAGGUUCGAAUCCUCAUCAUGGCUCCAGUGGAUUUUCUCAUCAAUAUAUAUCACGUUAAUGUGGUUUGUGUGUACUCACCUAGUUGUGUUUG